AGGUAAACAAGAGUGUGUGAGGCGGGCGGCACAGCGGCUCCCUCCCGGGCAAGACAUUACUACCCUUAUUACCCCGCGAGGCAGGCGGCGCAGCUGGUGGGCGUGAAGGAGCCGAGGGUGCUGCCGGAGGGAAGGACAGGCGCCAGUCAGCACCAGCCCCCACCGCCCGGGCGGCCUAGCAUGUUUCUGCCAUGGGUAACAAGGUAUUCAUCAUUGCACUAGUGGUUGCUCUUGUGGCCAUCUAUUUAAAUAACUACCUCAAAAGAAAGGGGGAGACACGAUACAUAUUCCACACAGAAUGGUACGACCCCGUCUCAGCAACGGUCAACAAAUUCCACCUCAGCUUCUUCCCGAGAGAUACGUCGGUGGAAAUGUAUGACCUGCGAGCUCAGCGGUUGUUCCUGAAGCGGAUACAAGUGGAGGGAGUGGAGGAGCGGGACUUGUACCUUGGCAACACCAUCGUUGUCCUCUCCCGCCAGCUGAAGAUCACAGACUAUGCCGACGCCUUCACUCGAGAACAGAUCACUUCCAAGAGGCAGAGAACCUUUGCCAUGGUGAAGCCUGAUGCUGUGCACAGACUGGGAGAAAUAGUCGAUGUAAUCCAAGGCCGGGACUUUGAGAUCAGCCAGAUGAAGAUGGUGCAGCUGUCAAGGCACCAAGCAGCAGCCUUUUACCGGGAGCAUGAGGGACGGCCCUUCUUUGAGCCCCUGCUGGACUACAUCACAAGUGGGCCGGUUGUUGCCUUGGAGCUGAUAACAACUGAUGCCGUCAAGAAGUGGAGGACAACUCUGGGCCCCACGGACUCCCAGGAAGCAAGGAAUGUUGCCCCUGAUUCCAUAAGAGCGCUGUUUGGGAAGGACAAGCAGUCAAAUGCUGGACAUGGGUCUGACUCUGACAUCUCUGCAAUAAGGGAAAUUGAGUUUUUCUUCCCAUCAUCCAAGAUAAAUGAUGACCUCCUGCCACAGACCACGGCCAAGCUAGGAAACAAUACUUGCUGCAUCAUCAAGCCGCAUGCUGUAGCCAAGGGUUACAUGGGUGCCAUUCUGAAGGCAAUACAGGACGAAGAGUUUGUGAUAUCUGCCUUACAAAUGUUCCGCAUGGACAAGGUUCAGUCCGAAGAGUUUUUGGAGGUGUACAAAGGUGUCGUCAGUGAAUACCCAGGGAUGGUACAGCAGCUGAUGUCUGGACCUCUGGUGGCUCUGGAGAUCACGAGUGUUCAUGGAUCCCAGACGCCGCUAAAAUUCAGAGAAUUUGUUGGACCUUCUGACCCGGAAGUGGCAAGGGAGCUGCGGCCCAACAGCCUGAGAGCACGCUUUGGGGAAGACACAGUGCGGAACGCUUUGCACUGCUCUGACCUGCCUGAUGAUGGCCCUCUGGAGGUGGAAUACUUCUUCAAAAUUCUUCAGUAGACACAGUCUACAUGUGGGUUUGUAUGAAUCAUAUUUGACAUUUCUGACAUUCCAGUAUCAAAUGAGCAUUAAAUGCAAAUUUUAUAUAACUUUAGUACAAAUCAAACUUUGUAGUUUUCAUACAAUGUUCAAGUUUUACCAUAUAGUAAUAAGAAAAACCUUGUGAUAUAGUAAGUGAUAGGAGUAACUGUUUUAAGUGUUUUAGCAAUUCAAGUUCACCAUUUUCACACCAGUAGUUUUGGACAAUGUCACUGAAUUCACUUUAUUAAGUUUGAUGAGGACUGUCACUGUCAAGCCUCACUAUGCACCAUUUUGCACCAUAACAGUUUUCACGGCUCUGUGGGUACUCAUCAUGCUUCAUUAAUGUUGUUUGUGGUGAAGAACACAAAUAUGUUAAUGGUUGUGUGUGUUGUAUGUUGAAGUAAUUUCAAUUAUAUUUAUCAAUUUAAAUGUCUAUAAUGGUUACUCUUCAGAUCUUCCUUGAGGGGGCUGGGCCUGGCUGAAGUUUUAACUUUCUCCAGUUCGUAGACUCACUUGUUGCAUACCCCAGUCCUCUCAGCCUUCCAUCCUUUUUUUCUUUCACAUACAAUAAACAACUGUUAAUCCAGAUUGUAGGGGACCAGUCUCGUGUCAGAUUUUUAGAGGUAACUUCAUGUAUGGACAAUUAAAUGGUCCUUAUUUUUUCAUCUGCUCCUUCUCUGUCAGUGAAGUACUGUGCUGUGUUAUGAGUUCCUGAGCUGGCUGCCUCCCCAUACCUCUCACCCCCUCAUGUUAAUAAUUCUGUGUGAUAAGGUAGGGGAGGGAGGAGGAAUAUAAUAUGUUUCCACUGUCCAUCCCUCCUAGCCCAUCUGGCCAUGCAUAUCCUCUUGUAAGCCUUAGUGGUGCGGCACACAGCGUUUUUGUGACAGUUUGUAGUUUUGAAGACUGGAUUGUGUCAUGUUUUGAAUUUCAUCAUCUACAACUCACGCCUCCUUCUGUCCCAUUCUUUAAUACUCCUACCACCUUCCCCCUUUCACUAUCUCCCUCAGCACUUCUCCCUAGUCCCUUCUACUGUCCAUCCCCCCUUUCCCAUCCACCCCCGCACACCCUUUUGUGAUGCUAUGACAUGAAACACUCCCUCCAUCCCACCCUCUGUUGCCACUACCACCCACCUGCCCAUGCUCUGCCCCCUUUACUCUCUCACUUCCCACCUUCCACUGUCCAUCCCUCCUCUCCUGUCUGCCCCACAUAUAGUUGGGCACAGUGCCAUUAGUUUGAACUUUAAAUUCAGCUUGCACCUUUACCUAUUCUACCCCUCUGUCCCUCUAUUUCUUUAAUCUUCUGUAUUCUCUCGUCCUCUUUCUCCUCUCCCUUGCUUUCACUUUCAUUUUCACUUUCUCAGUGUCUCAGGUAUUUUGGAGCUCCUGAACAGGCAGCUUAUAGUAUCCGUACUCCUCCCUCUCUACCUGCUUCAUCUCUUAUAAAAGUAAUAAUAAUAAUAAUAAUAAUAAUAAUAAUGAUGGAAAAAGAGCAAUUGGAGGCACUGGAUUAUUUUACCUAGAUAAAAAUGAACAAUCAUGUUUCCUUGACUAUCAAUGACUGGGUUAACAGACUUUUACUGUAUUCUGAAAUGCACUUUCUGUCCCAUCACAUCUUCCUUUUGUUCACUUUGACACUCAUCUUCCUCCCUCUCCUUCAGAUGAGCAGCUCACCUCACCGUUCUGUUUAACCACCUCUACCACUUCACAAUUCAUUCUUGCACCUUUAACAAGCAUCUGAAACCUUCUUUGCAGGUUAUCAUUACUGGCAUUUUCCAUUCUCUGUAUGUCCCUGGCACUUUAGAGGCACCUCAUCUCAAAUGCCAAGGUUCUAAACUUCUUUCAUUCCAUGUUCAAGUUUUAGUUAUUUUCUUUCAUUACUUAUUUUAAUAAUGCAUUUUCUCAAAGACUGUAACUUAACAUUUCUGUCUGUUCUUCCCCUUUCGGGCUGGUUGAUAAAUAGGUACCGGGGGAAAGUAAACUGUUGUAACUUAUAUGUCAUGCUUGCCUGUGUCCUGGGAAGGGAGUCUCACCCACCACAGACGCAAGGGCUGAGAUGGCAAAAAUGAGCACUGAUUCAAUGUGCGGGUAUAGUGUAUGCCCCAAACUUUACCUUUAUUAUACGCUUUCUACUAUGUGACUUUCCAGAUAACCUGCAUUCCAGUGAAUAACACCUCCUUAUUUCCAUAUUCAGUUGUACCUGCUUGCCUCCGUGGUAAAGUAGUUAUUGUGCCUAGGUCUAGGUUCGAAUCCUGGCCCGGGCAGUCAGCAUGCAGCUCACCCAGCUGUUCAUCUUCCCUUUUGGACUGGUUGAUAAAUCAUUACCUUGGGAUGGCAAACUGUGGUAACAUGGAUGUCACACUGGCCCUGUGUCCCGGGGUAAUAGGUUCUUAGCCACCACAGGCUCAAGGGUCAAUGCGAUAGAGAUUAGCACCAAGGCCAUAUGCAGCUAUAGUGUAUGCCCCCAACUUUACAUUUUAUCUUUUCUUUCCAAUAUAGACUGAUAUAGUAACAGUAAGUUGCCUUUGUCCUGGCAUCUUCCAUAUCUUUUAAACCAAACUGCACUCUCAUGCAACUACUAGACUAACUUUCCAAUUUUCUGCAUUUCACCUGUUACUACAUUUCUAUAUGUCAUAUAUUUUAGACCUGUAAUCAUUUUUAUAACUUGUAAAUUUGUCAGACUCUACAGUCUUCUAGCACUCCUCUGUUUACAUGUUAGUGUUGCUAGUCUUCUUUCCUCAGCCACAGUUAGCCCCAGGGAUACUCUAUGGAGAACCUUCAUGUGGGUAUAUUUUUGUUUUGCAUGUUCUGUACUAUGUGGGCAAACAUUAAUGAUUGGUUGGUAGUUUUACAUUUGCAAAUUAUUUUAUAUAAUAACUGAAGUACUAGUCAUGAUGAUAGAAUGAAUAUUUAUAUUUCAUUCUUCAUAUUUUUAUCUUAUUUAGUUUCCACCUGUGAUACAUCUGACUGACAUUGUAUCAGUGUUGUAACUGAUGAUAUUUUUACUGGUUGCAUAUAUGCUUAGUGUAUUUAAAAAAAAACGAUAAUAAUGGAUGGAUACCGUGCUCCUGAUAAUCGAAAUAUAUGCCUUCCAACUUUUGAUGUUACUGCACUUUUUGAGACACUUUCCACUGAUAUUGUUACCCAUCAGUCUGUUCGUUCCGCCAAGACGCCAGGCAUGCGGCCACCACCACAUGUGUUGCUGUCCUCUGGCACGCAGGAAAUGUUCUUUUCAAUAAAUGUUACUUGAAUUUGA